CCGAGCCCGAACCCGCGGAGAUGCUGGGUUUGGACUCCCUCCUCCCUGCUGCGGCUCCUGCAGGGCAGCGGCUGCUUGAGAGGGGCAGCCCCAACCCGCCUCUCUGCUGCCCCGGCCGCUCGGCUCUGCUCCCGGCACCCGCAGAGGAGGCGGGCCCGAUAGGCGGCGGCGGCUCCUUUCGGUUUCGAUUCCGGAGCCGAUCCGGGGGCGGAACGUGGCGGCUGCUGGGGGCCGGGGGAAGCCGCUGCAAGGAAACGAAACCGGGGCCGAGCCGGCUCACUGCGGAGCCAGAGCAGGGACCCGCUGUCGCUGUCCCGCUGCCCUCUGAGCGCCGUCCCCAGCCAGGCGGUUGUGCCGAAAUGGCAGAACAUUAUGUUAAGCCACAGUUGUACAAGGGAAAACUAAAUGAAUAUUGUCAAAAGAAUAAAUUACUAUUCGAGUAUAAGGAUGUCAAAGUGGAAGGCCCUCCUCAUGAUCUUGUGUUCACUGUCAUGGUUGUAAUAGGUGACAGAGAGUAUCCUGUAGCUACAGGUAAAAACAAGAAAGAGGCAAAAGAAGAGGCCGCAAAGGCAGCAUGGGAUAGCAUAGCACAGGAAAAUCAAACUAAACGGGCUUCACUCCCACAAACUCCACCGCCGCAACCAUCGCCGCAACCAUCGCCGCCGCCACCACCAUCAUUGCCAAUAGCGUUUUCAUCAUUGGAAGAGAUACAGCCACUUGACUAUAUCUCCAUGCUUACCAAAUAUGGACUAAAACAUAACAUAAUGAUUGACUAUAAAUUAGCAGAUGAAUCUGGACCAGCCCAUAAAAAAACAUUUUCUUUUAGCUGUAAAAUUGGUGAUAAGAUUUAUGGUGAAGGCACUGGAAAUGAUAAAAAAGCUGCAAAACAGGCUGCUGCAAAACGUGCAUAUGAGCAGUUAAGAUAUCAAGAAACGUCAAGGGCAGGGAGACACGCAGCUGUUGCCAGUUCUGCAGAUCGUCCACUUAGUAAUGCUAGUGGAAUGUCAAGCUGGUCAUCUGCAAAUGGUACUGAUUCUGCAUCUAAAAAUAUGAAUUCAGAUGGGAGCUUGGUAAAUAAAAUGAAUGACCUGAAAGUAGGUGAAGAUUGUUCAUCUCCUUGGGCAACUCCCAAAAAUGCUGCCAUGAAACCAAAGAGAAGAGAGAUCGCAACUAAAUUGGCACCCUCAUUCUCGGGUCAGCAGGUCAAGGAAGAGAAAAAAGAAAAUAAGUACACUAAGGAUGAAAGACUUAUCAAGGAUUUUGAAGAGAUAGAGCCAAUUGGCCGCGGUGGAUUUGGGAAUGUUUUCAAAGCAAAACAAAUUAUUGAUAAGAAGAACUAUGCUGUCAAACGAGUCAAGUGUAGCGAUAAAGUACAGCGUGAGGUACAAGCACUAGCAGAUCUUGAGCAUGAAAACAUCAUACGGUAUUACACCUCUUGGACUGGGAAAGACUAUCUCAAUUUUGAGGACAGUUCAAGCCUUUCAAGCCCGAGGUCAGAUUUGCUGUGUGAUUGCCUUUUUAUCCAAAUGGAGUUCUGUGAGAAAGGAACAUUGGAGGGCUGGAUUAAUGAAAAGAGAGGGAAGGAAAAUUACCAGACUGAGUCGCUCAUCAAAUUUAAACAAAUAGUGACAGGAGUGGAAUAUAUUCAUUCUAAAGGGUUUAUUCACAGAGACCUCAAGCCCCUCAACAUAUUCAUAUCUAGUGAAGAUAAAAUAAAAAUAGGUGACUUUGGACUUGUAACUUCAAUGACAGAUGACCUACGGACAACAGAAAAAGGAACAAGAUCAUAUAUGAGCCCAGAACAGGCUGGAGACAAAUAUGGACAUGAAGUGGAUAUAUUUGCACUAGGAUUAAUUCUCUUUGAAAUUCUUUGGAUAUUUUCCACUGACACUGAAAAAUUUAAGGAGUGGUACAAAAUAAGAGAAUGUGUACUUCCAGAGGAGUUCAGCAAGAACUUUCCAUUAGAGAAACACAUAAUUGAGCAAUUGCUCUCAAAAGACGUUGCAAAGAGACCUUCAGCAUCUGCUGUACUGGAGCUUUUGAAGCGUGUUGCUAAAAAUAACCCAAAGAACGCACAUACACGUUAGGCACCCUAUUUAAAGGAACAACAUGAGCUCUGUUUCGGUCCAGAGUUUGACUCCCCCCCCCCCCCCCCCUUAAAAUUGCUGAAACGUGACAAACGUAUUUGGAAUCUUAGGUUUAAUCCUAUUGUCCUUUACAAAACCAGGCUUUACAUGGGGAUCUCUGCAGGGAUUGGGGGAAUGAAAGACUCUUCUUGUGAUCCAGAGCAUCAGUAUAAAUUUCUACUUACACCCCAUAGUCUGAAGCCUUGUGCCCCUGCCCUUUCUCACCUGUGGGCAGGUGGUGGGUGUUGUGUUUUAUAGGUGGAUCAGCAGUCAUAGGCCCAUAGUUAUUUUCAUCCACUGCUGUGGAGGGAACCACUGUGCAGUAUUAGACCGUGGUACUUCCUGGGGUGGAGAGGUCUGUCUACAGUCUGCCCCUGCUGUACAACAGAACGUCAGCAGGUCCGGUGCAGAGGGCCUCUUAUUUCCAUAAGUAUGAAGAAGGCAGGUUUUGACCUUUUAUACUUUGGUUUGCUGCUGCCUGCUGUUUUAAAUCUUUUGCUCUCUCCCAGCAAUAACCAUUUAUUUUUAUGUCACCUAGAAAUAUUGUGGGUUUUUUACAGUAGGAAAUUUUAGGAAAAAUUGCCACCUCUGGCUGUAUGGGUGGAAGUGCUAGGGCUAGGUUCACAAGAGGGACUUGGGUGCCUAGUAUAGCAGUUAGGCACCUAAGUCCAACAUUUAGGCACCACUUGCACUCACAAAAUCACUGCUCAGCUGCCAUCUAACCCUGUACGCCCCUAAAGUCCCAAGGUGACUGAGUUUCUACUGGUGAAGUCCCAGAGGGUGCCAACUUUUUGUGGCUGGAUAUGCUCACCCAGGAUGUGGGCAACCUGGGGUCAAAUCUCUAUUCUGCUGGGUCCUUCCACCUCCCAUGAGAGUAUCCAAACCACUGGUUUCAAUCUCUUGUUGCAGCUGCUCCACUUUAUAGUAAAUAAUGAAAUAUUUAUGGGGCCGGAGAAAGAGUGUGAGUGACUCUAGUGGUUAGGUCAGCCUGCUGAGAGGUAGGAAACCCAAGUUCAAGUCCCUUCUCCACAUCAGGCAGUGUAGAAAUUUGAACCCAGAUCUCCCACAUCCUUUGUGAGGGCUCUAACUGCUGUGCUAUAGCAUAAUCCUCCUUUGUGGUUUUUCAUGAAAAAUGACUAACCUGGCUUAGGUGUCUUAACUCCAGGAGAAAGGUGUGAUGAAGUGGAGGUAGGUGUCUUCCUCUAUUGGGACUUAGGCUCUCAACUCCCUUAAGCCCCUGGGAGGCCACAGACCACUUUCAGGGGGUUCACCACGCAGGGCCAGUGUUAGACUCACUGGGGCCCAGGACAGAAAGCUGAAGCCCCAUCACAUGGGGCUGAAGCAUGGGUCCUGGAGCCCACCACGCGGGGUAUAGGGCUCCAGGCAACUGCCCUGCUUGCUAUCCCCUAAUGCCAGGCUCUGGUUUUUAUAUGCAGAAUACCAGUUAUUGUGGCACAAGUGGGCCGUGGAGUUUUUAUAGCAUAUUGUGGUGGUGUCAGAAAGAAAAUGGUUGAGAAUCCCUGGCAAAGGCCACAUCACUCUCCACAGCAUUUCCACCUAAGCUAUCUAGUAGGCUCAGGGGGCUGGCUUUUGUGAAUCCCAUUCUAACUCUCCCCGUGCAUUGUACAGAAAGCCUGGGUGCCUAACUCAGUGAAUUCCACUAAGAGACAGGGCACCUAAAAGUCCCCUUUGUGAUAUAUAGCCUCUUGUGUAGAGAAGGUUCAUGUGUCUUUAUUACUGUCUAACAUUGUGGGAAAAUAGCUAGAGUCUUCUCUAGACAAGGUCUGUGCUGUGUGCUCUUCUCUGGCUGAUUGGUAUCUACAUAUAAUUAGCAAUAGCUAAUAUGCUUGUUGCAGGCACAUGGACCAAAAUAUCUGUUAAAGCACCUUUUAAGUUGUUUGUUAUUACAUUAGUAUAAUAAAUUUCACUCCACUUAAAAACACCAGACAAGUUAAUGUUUGCCAAAUAGAAAAUGAUAAAAUUUGGUAAGAAAGCAUUAGAAAUGUUAUACAUAUUUGAAGAUUGCAAGCUUUUGGGUUUUUUUGUCUUUAUAUCUGAAUGUUAAAUUAUUACCAAAUUGCUGGUGCUGUAUCAAAUAAUGCUAAUACAAUGAGGGUGUUUCAAACAAUGAAGAAUUUAAAACUAUUUAGGCUCUUAAAGAAUGUGUCCUUUUGAGAAUUAAAGCUCAGUUUAAAGAUUCACUUUAUAGAAACCAGGUGUCACAAUGAGUUAAUACAGCAGUUUUCAAACUUUUUGAGCUGAGCCCUCCCUUUGAGUUACAAUCUUUGGUUGUAGCCCCCAAACCCAGACAAAAAGAGGCAAGUCAGGGUAGAGGUGGGACUUCCUCCUCAAGCUCUGCCACUUGCCUUUUCCCCCUCUCUCAAAUGUUCCUCCACAGUUUGAAUACUGAGUUAACAGAUAAGAUCUGUUUUUGGUCUUUUGAAGAUUGGGAUUUGUCUCUGAAAUGUAAAUCCGCAUCCUACCCAAGUCAGCUGUGUUGAUUGCUUGGGCUCCACAAUGUUCCCUCAGUAGUAGCCUCAUCGUAAUGAUGUGGUCUUCAAUCUCUGUCCACUUCCCAAGAGAAGUCAGUGACAGCCCCUCUCUCCCCCAUUUCAUAUAUAUAUAUCCUAUGGAGACAGGGAUCCUGGAAUAGUUUGUAUAGUGGGGGUGCUAAGAUCCAUUGAACCAAACUGUAAACUCUGUAUAUGAUGGAAACCACUUCAAACCAGGGGGUGCUGCAGACCCCCAGCACUCCUAGUUCCAGCACCUCUGCAUGGAUAUGAGUUGUGGUGAGGCAGGUGCCACAGACCAAGUGGUUGUGGAGGGUGCUAUCAAUAAGAGGCCAAGGGACCUCCAGAGCAAGGAAACAAUCUCCAAUAAGUUGUGGAGAGAGGGAGAGCGAGCCCAGUGAAUACCAUCCCCUCCCUGCACUCCCAAUCUUUUUCUCUCUUUCUCCAGGCUGCCAACCUUGUCCUAGAGGUGCCCAAUUUCUGAGCCUUUUCCUUGGCUCUGCAGCUUCACUCUCCCAUCCUCUAUAAGAUCAAGGGGUUCAGGUGGGUCUUAAACAUUUGGUUGCAUAGUUAGAUUUUGGGGGGGGGGGACAUAUUUUAAUAUAAAAGUCCUGGCUGUGCUUAUAAAGAGCAGUUGGAGGCAGGAAUCAGGCUGUCAUAGGCAUUUUUAAUGCUUUCAUCACUGCAACAUAUCAGUGCCAAAGGGUAGCAUAACCGUUCUUUAAAAGCUGUUCUUAGAAAAUAAGGCCCCAGUCUUGCAUUGAGCAGGGAUCUGCCUGCUGACAUCCUUGUGCCUAUGUAGGGACCCAUUGGUCCACCUACAGAGCCCAUUGCAAAAACAGGGCCCAAAUUUACAAUAUUAUGUUUGUAGAUAGCUAUUCUGAUUCUUAGAAACAGUGAAUAAAUUCAUAAUUUUUGUUCUUAUAUGGAUCAAGUAUUAGCAUUACCUGGCUUUCUAUUAGAAUGAAUAGUACACCUUAAAAAAACCCCAACCACUGCAGGAAAGUAGAUGUGUUCCUACGUUUGUGCUCUCUGAAGUAGGGAAAUUUGAUGCUGGCCUGCUGAUAGUGUUCAGUUGUAUAUAAAUUCUAAACUUGUGGUGGAUUCUUCUGUAAUGAAUGAGAAUAAAUGUAAGCUUUGCUCAGUUUUUUUUUGAGGUAAAUGUAAGUGCUUUCUUCCCCAUUAAAACAAAUGUUUGACAUC